AAAUUUCCGGCAACAUUAUCGGAGCAACACGACUUGGCCGAAAAUAUUUAAUAUUUUUUGCUAAAAAAUUACAAUAUUGAUUAAAAUAUUGUGAAAAACAAGGAAAAGGCAGAGCUAUCGUUGGUCAAAGUUCACAACACAAUAAUAAUAAGUGGCACCCUCUUUAAAAGGUUGAAGUUUUCUUAUCGUCUUCCUUUUCCAAUCGGCUCCCGAAAAAAAAGGAAAAAAUAUACAAAUGUUCUAGGAAGUAGAAACGAAAGAGUUCAAAAUGAACUUUGAGUAUAUUGGCCACGCCUUGGGCUACCAUGGGCAGCCAAUGCAAAAGAUUUGGGAUGACGAAAGGGGCGUGGACGACUUGCGGCUGAUGGGACUCACCCAGGUGAACUACAGCGUCUACCUGGAGCGCCAGAAGUACUUGACCUUCCAAGAGCGGGCCAAGCGCCUCAAGAUGCACCAGUUCCUGGCCAGAAAGGCUACCGAUCUCUAUGAUCGCAGCCUGGUGGCCAAUACUAUGGAGGAUAAAGUUCUGGCCCAAGGCAAGAGUAGUAUGGUAGUUCAGCCACCCUACGAGUUCUUCCUGUCGCCGAAAGAUAGACACAAGGCUUGGACGCAACGCCUGGAAUCUCUGAAGCAGGGUGACAUCAUAUACGCCUCGGUGAUAAAGGUGACCUCUACAGUUCGGCUCAUGGUAAAGCCGCUGUGCACUGCUGAGCCCGUUUGUUCCUACUUGGCUGACAUACCCAUAAAAGCCCUAAUCAUUCAGGACUACUGGGGACCUCUGCCACUGGACAAGCAGGGUAAUCCGCGCCCCUUCACAGUCAACGACAUUCUGCGCUGCGAAGUUUGCAACAUCUCCGCGGAAACGGAGCGAGUUACUCUCAACAUGAUCGGAAUGUACAACAAGUCACCGGACUUGAAGUUGGGGCUCUGCAGUAUUGAGGACUUGCCAAAAUACUACAAGAAAAUACACAAUUCUGAGCAUCCAUCAGCGGUGCACUAUGAGGAUCGACUCACCGCCGCUCUGGAGUUCCAGAACCCCAACUGCGACGCCCUCUUCCAAAUGAACGGUCUGCAACCGAAUGAGAACCUCACCCUAAUGAGCCACUUGAAAGCCGGCUUUCCAGAUGCAGAAUACGCCACGGAACUGCGACAGAAACAGGCCUCCCAAUGGGCAUUCCGCUCCGUGGCUGAUGGCAUUGAGCACUUUAAGAACGGCCAGCAGGUCGAGGCCUUUCAGUGCCUGAACAAGGCCCUGACCAUUGAUCCGCGCAAUGUUGAAGGCCUUGUGGCGCGUGGGGCUCUGUACGCCAACCGCGGCAGCUUCCUCAAGGGGCUGCAGGACUUCGAGAAGGCGCUCCACCUUAACAAGUAUCAUGUGAAUGCGCGCAAAUACAUGGGCGAGACGCUGGUUGCCCUGGGUCGCAGCUACGAGGAGGAGAACCGCAUCCCCGAUGCGGUGAAAGCCUACACCGACUGCCUCAACUUGCUGCCGCAGCAUGAGGAGGCGCGUCAGUCUCUGGAUCUACUGCAGCGCCCCCAGUUCCCAGGGCCGAGCGGUAGUGGCGUUGUAAGUGGGGACGGUAAGCCUAGACUAAGUACCGCGCCUGGCGGACACUCUUCAGACGAGUCCAGUUCCUCGAGUGGCAGUGAAAGUGAAACCGAAGAUCAGACAACCAAAGGAAAGGUUAACUUUAAUAAACCCUUCUAUGCCCAGUCCCAGGCGAAGGGUGGGGACAAGCUGGCGGUUAUUGAUGCCCAGAAGGCCAACGAGUUCCGACUGGACGAUGACGAGACCGUGUCCAGUGUUCGCAAGCUGCUCCGCGAGGCCAGCAAGCACAAGAAGGCAAAGAAAAAGGGGAAGAAGAAAAAGGACAAGAAGGAGAAGGAGAAGAAGCCCAAGACAAAGACCAAGGAGGAGGAUCCCCUGGAAACGCUCAAGAAGCUUGACUUUAACGAGGCCUACAGGCUCAUGAGCAGCGCCGGAAAUGAGGCAGAACUGAAGGCCAAACUGAAGAACUACUUGCAACAACAAGGUGGCGGUGGCGGUGGCGUUGCCGGUGACCGUGAUUCCCCUCCGCCUGCCCCACCGUCUCUCAAAAAGACAACCGCUUUUGAAAAGCGAGCCAACUUUGACGACAUGGGACCCAGCACUUCCCGCCAUGCGGUGGCCAAUUCCGUAUUGAACAACGAGGAACCACCUCCGCCACCAAAGUUCCAGGAGGUACGGAAGCCCCCGCAACCGGCAACCAAACUUUCGUUCCAAAUCAAGAAGCGUCCGUUGCAAAUGGAUAAGUUUGGACUGAUUCGUCUCGCUGCCCCGCCUGAGGGAAUGCCAACAAGUCGGAGCGGCAGUUCCCGCAGUCGUACCAGGAGUCGCAGCCGCAGCCGGAGUCGUUCGCGCCAUCAUCGGCGUCGUCGUGAUUCACGGCGUCGCAGCUCUUCGCCGAAGCGUAGAAACCGUCAUCGGUCACCAUCCAGGUCCCGCACUCGCUCCCGAUCGAGAUUCCGCUCUCGGUCAAGGUCUCGCAGAAAUCGCAGCAUCUCGAGGUCGCGAUCGCGCAGCCGCUCCCGUUCUCCUCCUCCAAAACGCUAUGGGAGGGGCCGAUUUGUUAAUCGCCGGUCACGCUCUAGAUCACCACAUCGUUGGAAUGCUCGGUCACCGUUUGUGAAACGGCGCACUCCCUCGCCUUUCGAUCCCAACCGUUCGCCCUCGCACUCACCCGCGUCCCGACAUCGUCGCCACCGUUCCCCAUCCCGAUCUCGUUCGCGUUCUAGGAACCGCUCGCGCAGCUACAGUCCGUACCGCUAUUCGGGACGCUUUCAACAUUGGGGUCGGGGUCGAGGUCGUGGUCGUGGUCGCGGGCGAUUCAACAACCGAAAUGCUUGGUAUAACCGGGAUGCUCGCUCAGGCUCGGACUCGGAUCCAAAUGGUAGGGACAGAAAGAGGAGUUCAUCGCCGGAAAAACAAUCCCCACCGCAGAGUUCGGACAGACGAACUGCUAGUGCAGGUGGUGAUGAGAAAACUGAACUGAUCAAGGAUACCGCCAGCAAGGAUUAGGGCCAUAGGAGCUGCCCAUAAACAUAAACAUUAACUUAGAUGUAUAGGGUUCCUUUCAGGUGUAAGAAUUACCUUAAUACUUAAUUUUGACAUUUACGAUUUGCGAAAUUUGUGAAAACAAUACCAAUAUCGAUGUUCAGAAACCAACUAAUAAAGAAGCUUUCGAAGCAAACUUUUGGCAUUAAAUGAUAAUCCUUAAAAAAA